UUAAAAAUUUUACUACUGUCUAUCAGAAACCUGAAGUAAGAUGAAGAUGUCAUGCAUACAAUUAGGGUGUAUGGAACAAGAAACAUAAGCUAGUGUUUGGCAGAACUACUCUGACAAACGGGAUCUCCAUGUACAGACUGUAAAGAGGAUUCUCCUGAGGAUCAUCAAUAAAGAUGUCUGCUUGAAAAAGUUUCCAACGCAUGUAAAGAUGGGAGAUGCUGAGGAUGACAUUGCUGUCAUUGGUAUUGGCUGCAAUUUCCCUGGAGGGGAAGGGCUUGACAAUUUCUGGAAGGUUCUACUGGAGGGGAAGAACUGUACAGUACCGAUCCCAAAUGAGAGGUUUGACUGUUCCCAGUGGUACGACCCUGAUAACAACAAAGUGGGAAAAUCAUGCACAGAUAAGGCAGCGCUCAUUGAUGGGUUCAAUGAGUUUGAUCACAAGUUCUUUGGCAUCACUGAGUCUGAGGUGGAACAAAUGGACCCACAGCAGAAAUACCUUCUUCAGUGUACAUAUAGAGCUCUGGAAAAUGCUGGGAUUCCAAUGGAAAAGGCCAGCGGAACCAGAACAGGGGUGUAUUUGGGGUUAAUGAACAGAGAUUAUGAGCAAUCGGCAGGAGGUGUCAGCCCAAAUAUAAUCAACCACUGGACGGGCACGGGACUAGCUAUGAGUAUAGCAGCCAACCGCGUCUCCUACGUCUUCAACUUCACUGGACCCUCAGUGUCCAUCGACAGCGCCUGCUCUUCAUCCCUGGUUGCACUUCACUUCGCUUGUCAAGCCAUCAGACAAGGUGAUUGCGAGAUGGCUCUCUGUGGGGGUGUGAGCUGUAUCAUACAGCCAACUGUCUUUGUGGCUCUCAGCAUGGCAAAGAUGAUUUCGCCUGAAGGCACCAGCAAGCCUUUCUCCAGCAGAGCAGAUGGCUAUGGCAGAGGAGAGGGUUGUGGGGUUCUUCUGCUGAAGCCACUGAAAAAAGCUCUCAAAGAAAAUGACAAUAUUUGGGGCAUCAUCACAAAAACUGCAGUAAACCAAGAUGGCCACACAGUCAGUCCAAUCACCAAGCCAUCCAUGGUCCAGCAAGAGGAUCUUCUGCGCAGAAUCUAUUCAGAGUCAGACCUGUCAGCUGUCCAGUACAUAGAGGCUCAUGGGACUGGAACUCCAGUGGGGGACCCCAUAGAAGCUGGCAGCAUCUCCAAAGUAAUUGCCAAAGCCAGACCUCCAGGUUUAGAGACACUCCGCAUCGGCUCUGUGAAAGGCAACAUCGGUCACACAGAAUCUGCAGCUGGAGUGGCAGGGCUCAUCAAGGUACUCCUUAUGAUGAAGCAUGAAACCAUUGUCCCUUCACUCUUCUAUUCUGAGGACAGUGCCAGUAUUGAUGCUAAAGCCUUAAAUAUUAAGGUUCCCACAAAAGCAGAAAAGUGGGUCAAUUCUGUUGAAAGGGUUGCAGGGAUAAAUAACUUUGGUUUUGGAGGAACAAAUGCUCAUGUUAUUGUCAAACAACACAAGCACUCACAUGUUUCUGAAAGAAAUGGCAGGAAAUCACACAAGUAUUUUGUACUCUCUGCAAGUUCUGAAAAGUCAAUUAUUAUGACGAUGGAGCACUCAAUUCAAGAGAUGGACAAAGACAACAAAGUUGAUCUAGAAACGCUUGCAUACACAUCCGCUUGUAAGAGAACUCACUUAAAACACAAAUACAAGAAGGCUUUCAGAACUUCCUCUCUGGUGGAUCUAAAGGAUCAACUCCAGUCUGCCCUGAGUAAAACUUUCAUCCCCUCAUACUCAGAUCCAAGAUUAGUAUUUGUCUUUUGUGGGAAUGGUGUGACUUACCAUGGCAUGUGCAAGCAGCUCCUGAAACAUGAGCCUGUGUUCAGAGAGAAGGUCAGGGAGAUUGAGGUGCUUCUCCAAAGGUUCAAUAACAUGAGUAUCUUAGACACACUUGAGAGUGAGUCUGAGAGUAAGGACUUUUCUAAACCAGAUGUUGUCCAGCCCCUUCUGUUUGCCAUCCAGGUUGGCAUUGCCAGUCUUUUCAAGCACUGGGGAAUCAAACCUGAUGCCAUUCUGGGUCACUCUGUUGGAGAGGUGGCUGCUGCCCACUGUUCAGGUCUCUUGUCACUUGAGGAUGCAGUGAAGGUGAUCUACCUCCGCAGUAUUCUGCAGAGUAAGGUCACAGGAGGGAAAAUGCUUGUGGUCAGUAACAUGGCAGUGUCAGAGGUCUUAAACCUUCUUCCUUCUUAUUCAAAUAAGGUUUGCCUUGCAGCCUUCAACAGUCCACAUUCCUGUACCCUCUCAGGUGAUGCAGAUGCUAUAGAUAAUCUCCAUCAAAAGUUGACCAGCUCAGUUAAGAGUAAGAAUCUGUUCCUCCGUGUCCUUGAUGUCCCUGCUGCAUACCACAGCCAUAUGAUGGAUCCCAUCCUCUCUCAAAUUGAGGACAGUGUUGGCUCUUUACAGGUCAAUGAUGUUGAAUCAGAAUUGUUCUCAACAGUGACAGGUAAAGAGGCAGAGCAGACUGACUUCUGCACAGGCAAAUAUUGGGCCAAGAACAUUAGAGAGCCAGUUUCAUUUGAACAGGCAGUGAGAUCUGCAACCAAGGGAAAGACGAAUGUGGUGUUUGUGGAGAUAAGCCCUAGAAGGGCCCUACAAAGGAACAUCCAGGAGACUCUGGGAAAUGGGACACAAGUGCUGACCUCAGUUCAGCAAGAUAAAGACCAUGAGACAAUGUUGAACACUGUGUCCAAGCUGUUUGAGUUGGGGGUUCAGAUAAACUGGGAAGAGUUCUACAGAGGACGAGAGACAUCACCAACACCAUUUCCUGUUUAUCAGUUUGAUUCAACCAAGAAAGAUGUUAUCAUUCCUGCAUCACGAAUGAACAGAGUACAAACUCAUCCUGUGCUAACUCAGACAGGAAGUGAGGGCAAUACCUUUAGCUGUGAUCUGUUUUCUGACUCAGUAUCAUACUUGCAUGAGCAUAAACACAAUGGUGUUGCCAUUGUCCCUGGUGGACUGUAUACUGAGAUCGGUUUGUCAGCUUUCAUGCUAAAUGUUAAACCAAAGGUGCCACUCAAUAGAGUACAAAUCAGCAUCAGCUUUCUAAGUCCAUUUGUCUUCACCAAAAAUGCACCAGAGAUGAAAGUGCAACUUGAAACAGAAGAGAAUGAAACACAUGUUAAGAUACACUCUAACUCCUCAACCUAUGCAUCAGGGACAAUAGUGUAUAAUCCGGAACUCCAAGUUGAAGAGCAAAACAUUUCGCUAAGCACCAUCUCCAAACGAUGCCAGUCAGUGGUGAGUUCUGUGGAGUUUUACAACAAGGGUCAUGGUGGGUUUCAGUAUGGCCCUGUUUUCCAAAAUAAGAGUGAUGUGCAUUAUGGUGAAGAGUUCAGGGAGGCUUUUUCAGCUGUCACUGUCCCUGAGGAGUUGCUGUCUCAGUUACAUGAUUACUGCAUUCAUCCUGUAGUUCUGGACUUCCUGAUGCAACUUGCUCCUGUUACAGUGUCACAAGGGUUUUCUGCCAGGCCCGGGUUUCCAGCCAAAAUAGGCAGCCUGACUGUCUUUGAACCUCUGCAACAGGAAAUGAUUAUUUAUGUGAGGGCAGUUGAUGUAGGAGUCCAUCACUUUGAAAUAUGUGGUUGUUUUACAGACAAAAAGGGAAGAGUUCUGGUUGAGCUUAAGAAUGUGAUAAUUAAGUAUCUUGACAUUCGUUCUAGUAUCGUUGAGGAAUACUUCUUCCACAAUGACUUCAGGAUGGCUUCAGAGGACAUUAGGUCCUCUCAGGCACCAACAGCCAUAGUCUUUUCUGACCAGGAUAGCAUUUCCAAAGCCAUUCAGCAACACUUGAGCUCAGAAUCUAGAUACAUUUCCUUUGCAUGUGCCAAGGAAUUCCUGAGCUGUGAAUUUCCCACACUUCUUGCUAACCUUAAGAUCUCAGAUAUCAAGAAAAACAUUAAAGAAGUCUUGUUUGUCUGGGGUGAGGACGACCUCACAGCACUCAAUACUGAGAAGGUCAUGGAGAUUAUGCUAAACAGCUGCGAAUUGUUCCGUAAAAUAGUCCUGGAACUUAGGGCAAGUCGUUUUCCAAAUUCCAUCAGAGUAAUAACUUACAGGUCAUCAGAAAACACAGUGGACCGCAUCAGCCCAGGAUUUGUCCUCUCAGGCAUGUUAAAAGCAUGUGCUGCAGAAAUGCCAGAUCUUUCCUUCCAGCUAAUUGACAUCAGUUCGGUCUUUACUGAGGACAUCAGAGCUUUGUCUCACGUCUUAAUGUCAUACCCUAGCAGCAAAUACCAGGAGCUGGUUGUGAAAGAUGGUCUGAUUUUUAAAUCUGAAAUUGUACAUACUUCAGUGGAAACUAAUGAGAGCUCUGGGAGAAGUAUUUACUCUUUAAUGUCUGAGCCAUGUAUCUUUCAAACAGCUGAUCCCUACAGAACAAUUAGCCUGUCUGCCAUUGGCUGCGAAGUUGAGAAAAAAGACAUCUCUGAGAAAUCGGUUGAGAUUCAGCUCAGUAAGAUUUGUGUUCAUUCCUCAGACUUCUACCCUGUUACUGUCACAGAUCUUAACUUUGGUCAGACAUUGUACUGGAACAAACAUGCAUCUCAGAACCACCAGCUUCUUGCCCUUGACUUUAGUGGCACUGUCACAGCUGUAGGCAAAGAGGUGAGCAAACUGAAAGCGGGAGACCGUGUAGUCUCAUGUUAUCCUGUUCCUGUGUCAUCUGCGAUCAUGAUUCCUGAAGGAGCCUGCUACAAAACAAAAAGGCUCCCAUUUCUCCACAAGGUUCCAUGUGUUUCAUACUUUGUGCUGGCAUUUGAAAUUGUGCACAGAGCGUUACCAAGAGUCAAACAACAGAGAACUUUGGGUAUUGUUUCCUCUUUUCCAAAUUCUGGUCUAGUAAAUGUCUUAACCCAAACAGCAAAUAAAUCAGGAUGGAAUGUCAUUGUUGGGUCACAGUCCAAAGAGCUGUUGGUAAAUGCUGAUAAAAUGGAUGCGUUUGUCCUCCUGCCAUCAUUUGAUGAAUCUCUGUUGGCAAAUGCAGGCAGGUUCCCAGGCGUCAAACACAUCAUCCUUGUCUGUGAUUCCCAAACCCAAGACUUGCUAACAAAGAGCGUUUUUCAAAGUGUGAAUGAUACUGUUCAAAUGAUUACCCUUCACAUGUCCAGCAUCAUACGAAAGGGAUCACUCAUUGCCCAGAAGCCUCCUAUUUAUCGUUGGCUUAAGUCCCUACAUUUAGACAGGACAUCAUUUGUUCUAAAAAGCUCUCCCUUUCAGAAAGUGCCAUCAGAAUGUAUCAAUGUUCUGCCUGUUAAGGAAUCUGAAUCAUACUUUAAUUUAGAGAGCCUGCCUAUUGUGGUGCUAGGCAAAGAUGAUAACCACGCAAUAUCCAGCAUUCCUUUGCUGCCUAAACCAAACGGGCAUUUCCAAAAGAACUCUGUGUACAUUGUCACAGGUGGUCUCACUGGGCUGGGGUUUGAGACUGUGAAGUUCAUUUCUCAGAAAGGGGGAGGGAAUAUCAUAAUUCUCUCCAGAAGAAGCCCCACACCAGACAUACAACAGGAGAUCAGCAAACUGGAGACAAAAUACAAUGUCCAUAUCACAUGUAUGGGAUGUGAUGUCUCUGUCUCUGAUCAGGUAUUUCGAGUAAUUGAUCACAUCAGACAGAAAUUUCCCUCUUGUCCAAUCAAAGGGAUUUUUCACAGUGCUGUUGUCCUACAUGAUGGCCUGAUGGAAACCCUUGACAGAUCUCACUAUGAGAAAGUGCUGAAGCCCAAAGUGAACGGAGCUCUAAAUCUACACAACGCUACAAAAGACUGUAAGUUAGAUUACUUUGUGUGCUACUCCUCUGUUGCGUCUUUUAUUGGCAAUGGCUCACAGUCAAACUAUGCAGCAGCCAAUUCAUUCUUGGACACAUUCUGUCAUUAUAGACGAGGAAAUGGACUUGCUGCACAGUCCAUCAACUGGGGGGCUUUGAAUCUUGGUCUCCUUCUGAACAAGGAUAAUGUCCAAAGAUUACUUGAGGCAAAGGGAUUGAUGGUUAUGGAUGUUACAGAGAUUCACGAAUGUCUGGAACAAUGCCUAAAGAUGAACAAACCCCAACAGGCUGUUUGCAAGUUUAACUUCAAAAACAUGAGAAACAAUGUGAUGGCUCAAAAUUCAGCAAUGACCAUGCGAAUGACUUCCUUAGUUGUGGAGGCGAUACAAAAAGCCAAACUGAAAGAGUCCCGGUCGGGACAGAACAACGCUUCUACUCCCCCAAGUGAAUUUGCAAGAUCUGUACUCAGCGAAACCAUCGGUAUUGACAUGAUGGAGUUGAAGAACGAUUCUUCUCUUUCGGCCUUAGGCCUUGACUCAAUGCUAGCCAUGAACCUGCAAAACCACAUCUUUCAGGAGAGGGGUUUGAAUGUGCCACUGGUUAAAUUGCUGGACCCAAACAGCACAGUUUCUACACUGAUAACAAUCUUGAAGGACGGCACUGAGGGUGAUUCUCAAAAUAAUGAUAAAGAGGACAAUAAAGAUGCAUUUUUUACCAGGCUGUAGAUCCUUUUCUGUCUUUACAGACAUUGCUUCAACAGGGCGAUGUAUCAAUCACUUAUAACGGAUGUCACUGUGAUUCACCGUGACUACAGACCCUCACUAAUAUUUCAGUUUUAUAUAGAACAUGAUGUGAUUUGUUCCUGUAUUGUUGGAUGUUAACUGUAUUGGAAGGUCCAAAUUGAUCUUUAAAGAUGCAUUCAUCUGUGUUGCAUUUAAUUUGAUCAUUGUAAAAUAUCAAAUGUAAUAACAUUUAAUUGUAAAGUUACGUUACCUUGAAAUCGUUGAUGAGUUUCUACCAUUAUAAAAAAAACUAAAAACCUUUUGGAUAUAUCACUAUUUCAACUUUGAUGAAAAUCGUUUGAAUUUAUUUUCUUAAAACUUUGGCAUUUGUACAGUAAAACAUUUUGACAUUUGAAUAAAGUAAUACAGUAUAUCCAGUGAAGUAUAGUACUUAUUGACUGUCUAGUGUCCUGGUGCAGUCAGAACAACUUAGAGCUCAAACCAGCUGCCCUUCACCAUCACUCUGGGUGGCUCCCCAGUCAACUCUGUGGAGUCCUUUCGCUUUCUGGGCACCAAUGCCAAAGACAAGGACAGGCUGCAGCGCAUCAUCCACUAUGCAGAGAGGGUGAUAGGUGGAAAUCUUCCAUCCCUACAAGACUUACACACCUCCAGGACACGAAGGCGAACUGCAAAGAUUGAGGCUGAUCCCUCUCACACUGGAAAUGGACUAUUCAGAACUCUCCCCUCUGGCAGAAGGUUGAGGUCUAUCAGGACCAAAACCUCUAUCCUACAGCAGUAGGCCUCAUGAACAUGCCAAAACUGAGUAUAGCUGGCUCCCCACAUCUAUAACCCCUCCCCACAUAUACACACAAACCUCAACCAGACACAUCUAUAACCCCUCCCCACAUACACACACAACCCUCAUCUGGACUCCAACAUCCAGAAUGACAAAUUGUCAUUGUCAUUCACAGAUGCCACCAAGAUACACAAGCGAUGGACUUCACAGGACACAUAUUUCAUGCCCUCUCCAAUGACAGGUCAAUUCAGUGAAUGGCCAAUUCAGCAUCAACAGCUGUAACUGAUGUGACAGUAAAAUAAUAAAACAGUUCAUCCAAGGGUUUGUGACAAACCCCAAACUUUCACAAUUGAUGUUCCCAGGAUGACCCAGUGGCUAGUCUUAUUGCCCCUUAGUGCUUAAUUUCCAUGUCUGUUUCAUUUAUGGGCAGGUACAUCAUUAUUAGGUCACCAUGUGUUAUGAACUGUUCCCCUGACAGGAAUCCUACGAUCAUCCACCACUGUUGUCUUCCAUGGACAUCCAGGCCUUUUUGUGUUGCAGAGUUCACCAGUGUGUUCUGUUUUUGUCCGAAUAUACCAAACUGUUGAUUUGGCCACUCCUAAUGUUUCUGCUAUCUCUCAGAUGGACAUAGGAGUCUAAGGAUGGUCUGUUUCACUUGCAUUGAGAGCUCCUUUGACUGCAUGUUGUGGGUUCACAGCAACAGCUUC